UUGUUUGUCCCACCCCAUCCUUCAAAUUCUUUCACGCUGCGCUGUUCUCAUUCUCUCCUCCCUCUCUCUCUCUCUCUCCUCCUCUCUCCGAUCCUCGUAUCUGUUCAUAAUCCUGUCGAAUUCCUUGUACAUAAUCCUUCUGCGAUUCUUCUUCUUCCUCUCCGAGGAUUCGUAGCUUUGAAAGGCUUGUACAUUCGUUUCGAUUCGCAGACAGAAUUUUUGUUGGAUGGUUGCCGGUCCCUCGUUGAAGAAUGAGUAAUCGUGCGUACGAACUUGGCAGACCCGCCUCAGGUACUCACGGCAAGAGAAUAAUAAAGGAUCUAUUAAAUCAGAGUGAUAACCGCUUUUGUGCCGAUUGCGGUGCUCCUGAUCCUAAAUGGGCGUCGGCAAAUAUUGGAGUUUUCAUAUGUUUAAAAUGUUGUGGAGUGCACAGAAGUUUGGGAACUCACAUCUCAAAGGUUUUGUCUGUAACAUUGGAUGACUGGUCUGAUGAUGAGAUUGAUUCCAUGAUUGAAGUCGGAGGGAAUUCUUCAGCAAAUGCAAUCUAUGAGGCAUUUAUCCCUGAAGGAGUUAAAAAGCCUGGAGCUGAUGCUAGUCAUGAGGAGCGCAUGAGAUUUAUCAGAUCUAAAUAUGAGCUUCAAGAAUUUUUGAAGCCUAGCUUACGAAUUGCUUCAAGGCCAUCGGAAAGGAGCACUCUUCAAUCAAGUUUUUCUCGGAAGAUUAUGGAUAGCUUCAGAAGUUCACAUUCAUCAAAGAAUUCUGAAGGCAUGGUAGAGUUUAUUGGUUUAGUGAAGGUGAAAGUAAUAAAGGGUACAAAUUUAGCCAUCAGAGACAUGCUAUCAAGCGAUCCUUAUGUUGUCUUGAAUCUCGGGCAGCAGACAGCUCAAACUAAUGUAGUCAAGAGCAACUUGAAUCCAGUUUGGAAUCAGGAGCUCAUGCUCUCUGUUCCUCAGGAUUUUGGGCCUCUGAAAUUGCGGGUAUUUGAUCAUGACACGUUUUCAGCUGAUGACAUCAUGGGAGAGGCAGAGGUAGAUCUCCAACCUAUGAUAACAUCUGCAAUGGCUUUUGGAGAUGCUGGAAUGUUUGGAGACAUGCAGAUUGGAAAGUGGCUUAAAUCUCAUGACAAUGCCCUCCUAAUGGACAGCACGGUCAACAUAGUCGAUGGGAAGGUGAAGCAGGAGGUCUUGCUUAAGCUUCAGAAUGUCGAAUCUGGAGAGAUAGAGCUAGAAUUAGAAUGGUUGCCCCUGGACCAAUAGGUAUACUUGAAUGAUUUUUUUACUCAUCAUUCGAAAUAAACAGUUUCCGGUACUAAUUUAUUGUA